GAGAGAGCUCCCACUGGAAUCUGAAUCUGAAUCUGAAUUUGGUUCAACCAUUAAGGAAGCUGUGACCGGCCGCCCCUCUCCUCAAACCCACACACCUCUCUCUCUCUCUCUCUCUCUCUCUCUCUCUCUCUAUACCGUAAGUUUUUCAUAUUUUCUCUUCUUGCAUUCUGGAUCUGAUCAUUAGGGAGAUCUGUGGCAUUCGAAAAAGGAUUUGAACAAAAUGGGGCUGUCUUUCACCAAACUGUUCAGCCGACUGUUUGCUAAGAAAGAGAUGCGUAUUCUUAUGGUGGGUCUUGAUGCUUCUGGUAAAACCACCAUUUUGUACAAGCUCAAGUUAGGCGAAAUUGUGACCACCAUUCCUACCAUUGGAUUUAAUGUGGAGACUGUGGAAUAUAAGAACAUUAGCUUCACUGUCUGGGAUGUUGGGGGUCAAGACAAGAUUCGACCUCUAUGGAGACACUACUUCCAGAACACACAAGGGCUGAUCUUUGUGAUCGACAGCAAUGAUCGAGAUCGUGUUGUUGAAGCCAGAGAUGAGAUGCACAGGAUGUUGAACGAGGACGAAUUGAGGGAAGCUGUGCUUCUUGUGUUUGCAAACAAGCAAGAUCUUCCCAAUGCAAUGAAUGCUGCUGAGAUCACAGAUAAGCUCAACCUUCAUUCUCUUCGGCAACGCCAUUGGUACAUCCAGAGUACAUGCGCCACUUCUGGAGAAGGUUUGUACGAGGGAUUGGACUGGCUUUCAAACAACAUCACUAGCAAGGCAUGUUAAAAGUUUAGAGGACUCUGCAGGGGGUCUUCUCCAUGUGUAUCAGCAGUAGUACAUAUACCAGCAGCCCAUUUUUGGAUUACAUACAUUCAUGCCAUAAAUAGAUCGCAAGUUUUAUUGGUAUCAUUGUUGCAAUUGGAAAAGAAUGCCUCUUAUUUUGUGUUUAUGUUUUGUAACCCUUUACCAUGUGUUCAACGCGACUGUUGUCACUUCGGCGAACACACAAGAUGAGACUUUACCACCGUGGAGCGGCUUUUUGCAAAAAGAUGAGGGGGAAACUCCGUAAGAUGUUGGGUUCUCUGGUCUCAAUAUCUUGCAGGCUUGAUUGUUGAGCAAUAUUCUUUAUAAGUUUGAAAUAUUUACCUUUUGUUUAAACGAGACACAGUUAUCACUUUGCCAUGGAUUUUACUGAUAUCCAAAGGGAAACAUAAGAAGUCAAAUUC